AAAACAAGACGCUUUUCUUAUCACAGUAGGAAUAGGAAGUAUUAUAUAGACGUCUAGUGUUAGAGGACAUUCGACGGUUCCUAUAUUGAGUAUUAAAAGUGUUUGUUGUUCAACACUAGCGUCGACUCCCUUUAUCGAUUGAUGGCUUUUCGUCGGUGUUCCUGUUCCAGCAUUGAGUUCGGUGUUACCUCCAUUUGAAUUUGGUUGUAUUUCAAGUACUAGACACCGCGGAAGCGCUUAAAAAAUAGCAUACAAUUCCAUACGGAAGUUGUUUCAAGUGUAACAUGGCUAUUUGGAUGAUUUGUAACAGUAUGUUGCUUUCCGUAGUAAAAAGAGUCACCCCCAAUUAGGAAAGUUAUCACUAAGAAAUUGUUAGGCUAGAUGGUGAUAGUAAUACCUUUAGAUCACAUUGAUAUUAAAAGUGCAAAGGAACGUAUACUCCUAGUAUGUUUCCUAUUAUUUUAUUCAGUCUCGGAAUGUUCACUUCAUUCAUAGGAACAACAGUUGGUGGUAAUGUCACUGUAUCAAAAUACACCGAUUUUAAGUCAUUCAAUAUCCAACUGAGGAUGUCAGCAAUAGAAGAAACAGUGUUUGAGCCAUCUGUCAUUUCGUGUGGACUACGAUGUUUUAAUUGUGUCAGACAAUGUAACAGCUUCAUCUACGACACUUCAUCCAGAUCUUGUACAACAGGAUCUCUUUUAAGUUCCAUGGAAGCUUUCAGCUCAACGCCCGGAGAGCAAUUUUUCAUCAAAGGAAUCUACUGUGAUAAUAGCGUUGUCAACUUUACACUGCGAUCAUAUGCUGACACAAGUAUCUGCAUGUUUAUACCCAGUGAAUCAACAAACUAUGACUCUGCUAGACAAGCGUGUGUAGCUCUAGGCGCUACACUAUAUACAGCCAAGGUCUGGGCAAAACUGAAUAUUCUGCUAGACGUUCUGAAGGAUGACCCUGCACCAUUCUGGAUAGGUCUCGAUGACAUUAAAGUAGAAGGGGAAUUUAGAUGGGUGGAUGACAAUUCUGUUUUAAAACUAUGGUCUCUUUUUGCACCAGGUCAACCAAAUAAUUAUUUAAAUCAAGAUUGUAUCUGCUACGCCACAGAAAUCAGAGGAUUAAAUGAUCGUUCGUGCACUGAUGUUAUCAGAUACAUAUGUGAGAAGAUUCCACUCAUUGUAUAAGUAAUCUCGAAUUCCAGAACGCUCGAGUUCAGACUGAGGCCCGAGGACAACGACACAUUUCUUCUCUUUACCACAUCAGACGUACAGGAUUAGGCCUAAUAUCUAUUACUGAUUGUAUUGCUUGGUCUAAUGACAAAAAUUUGGAACAAAAAGUGCCUGAAAAAGAAAGAUCUAGCUUCUUACCAAAGGUGUUACAGCUUGCUAAUAAUUCCUUUAAAAAAGUGUAAAUUAUUGAGUUGUGUCCAUAUACAUAGAACUUUGGUGAGUACUGACAUUACAUCUUGUAAGACAAUCUUUUGUUUGUAUCACUUCUUUUGAUAUCUUGCAUGCGAGUUAAAAUAAAACAUUCUCAAUAAAGCAGCAGCUGUUCAAUAUUUCGUGUAAAGGUUAAAGGUAUCUGAAGGAAAGAAUUAAUCAGUAUUGUAGAUUAGAAUUAUUUUCCUCUAAUAUUCUUUGAAUAAUAAAGUCUUGGUGGC